AUGCCCACAACUCUUUCAACGACGCCUCGAGACACCACUAAUAACCGCAAGCCGGACCACUCCCGAUGGGUCGAGGAGGCCCCGCAGAGUGAGGUGCUGCAGAAGCCUUGGGAGGCGUUGCCAGCGCCACCGGAGGAGCAAGGGGAUGCGCGCUCGCUGCUGCCGACCCCCCCGCUGCCGCCGCAGCCGGCGCCGCCGCUGCCCCCCGGUGCUGCGGAAACGCCGGGGGUCGUUUCACAGCAGCAACACGAGGAGGAGGAGGAGGAGGAGGAGGAGAAGGAGGGGCAGCAGGAGCAGCAGCAGGAGCAGGGGCAGGAGCAGGGGCAGCAAGAGAAGGAGGGGAAGGAGACGGAGCAGCAGCAGGAACAGCAGCAGCAAGAGGGGGAGGAGCAACAGCAACAGCAGCAGCAGGAGGAGAAGAAAGAAGAGCAACAGCAGCAGCAGCAGCACGGGGAGGCUGAGCAGCAGCAGCACGAGGAGGAGGCCGAGAAGCAGCAGCAACGGCGGCGGCAGCAACAGAAGGAGGAACAGGAGGAGAACGACCUGGAAGCACAGCUCGCAGAGGAUAAGGACAAACUUUUCAUCCAGUCCGAGCGCUUCAUCAGGAAGGUGGACGGCUACGAGUUUAAGACUGGAGCCAAGGGCUGCGGGUACUACCGCGACGAUUCCCGUAAGAAGGUUCCCCCCAUCUCGUGGAACGAGAACAUCAAGACAGUAUGCGGUGUCGUGGACGUGCCAAACAUCGUGGACGCCUCCGUCUACUACGGUUUCGCCGAGAACAGGAUGGUGCUGUCGUUCGACGCAGAGACCCCGGGGCAGUCCGACGGUGGAGACGCGCGGGUGGAUCGCUACAGGACGGAGUUGGUCUUGGCGGGAGGGGUAGCCGCGAACAAGUGCUCCCACGAUACUGCCGAAGACAACCUGGUGCUGAAGAUGGUCAAGGCGCCCGAGCACGAAUGGGGAUCGAACCCUACCCCGACGAAAGCCACAGAGGUGGCCAGAAAGAUCGACGACCUUCUAGGCAUCGCUGCAGCCGCGGCGGCGGGGCCUCGGGAGACGGAGGCGGUGGCACGGGGGGGUGUACAAGAGCAGGGCCCGCCCGCUCCAGGGUACGAGGGUAGCCCGCCGGCACAGACCGAUGUCCUACGCAAUUCGUUGGCGUAUGAAAUCGAAUGAGAAAUGUCAAGAUCGGCCGAAAAGGAAAGCGGAACGUCGUGGUUGUAUGUUUCUGUAAUGGCUUUUACGCACCUCGCUCUGUAGUGGUCGUAUGCAUACAUGUAGUCGCUGUGUAGGUGGUAAAUUAAUAGUUUAACGAUAUUUCUCGUCGUUCUUCGUCGUAGAAAUUUGACGUCGUGUGUUUGUGUUGUGGUUGUUCCUGAUUGUGAAAAACGCAGCUUGAAACGGCAGGAGCUCGUGAGUCUUUAAGAAAGUGCUGAUGAAGAGUAUACAUGCAUAUAUAUGUUGUGCGCAUCGUGUCGAAGUUGAUGUUGUCGUUCGUGUGGUUUUCGGCGGAUUCUAUGGUGUUCUGGCUGUCCUCUCUUUCUCACAGUUUUACUUCGGGUGUCUCGGUUGAGAUGAUGCAGAAUUUAGAAUUUGGCACGUGUUCUUGGUUGAUACUGCUACCUGUCUGUCUGUGUUAUUUCUAUACUUGUGU